CAUCGGGGAGGCUCAUACAAAGCCUGUUCCACCGCUGCGACACUGGACCGCAACAACAUCGUUUAGACUGUAAAUACUGAAAUUUGUAUGUGCUGAACCAGAUAGUAUGGCGAACUUUUCGGGAUAUACCCGGGUUAGCAGGUUUUAGACGUCGGUAUUUUGGACACGCGCAUUUACGCAGCAGGAAUGUACAAAGCUGAAGAAGUUUACCACGGUCUUUGAGAGGCGAAUCGCUGAUUUGAGCUAGUAGAUACCUGUGCUUUGUCUGUGCUGUUGCAAAGCGCUUCUUCUGUCUUCCAUCAGCAGGAAGAGAGGACACACUGAACAAACUUCAUCAUGAACUGGGCAUUCCUCCAGGGCCUCCUCAGUGGGGUGAACAAGUACUCCACAGCCUUCGGCCGAGUGUGGCUCUCUGUUGUUUUCCUCUUCAGGGUCAUGGUGUUUGUGGUGGCAGCAGAAAAGGUAUGGGGCGAUGAACAGAAAGACUUCCAGUGCAACACUGCUCAGCCCGGGUGCCACAAUGUCUGCUAUGACCACUUCUUCCCUGUCUCCCACAUCCGGCUGUGGGCCCUGCAGCUCAUCUUCGUCACCUGCCCCUCUCUCUUGGUGGUGAUGCACGUUGCCUACAGGGAGGACAGGGAACGCAAAAACCGCCUCAAGUAUGGUGACAACUGCCGCAGUCUCUACAAGGACACGGGCAAGAAGCGCGGAGGCCUGUGGUGGACCUACGUCCUCACGUUGGUCUUCAAAAUUCUUGUGGACGCCACCUUCGUCUACCUCGUCUAUCGCAUCUACGAGGGUUACGACUUCCCCUCGCUCAUCAAGUGUGAGCAGAGUCCCUGUCCCAACACGGUUGACUGCUUCAUCUCUCGCCCCACUGAGAAACGGAUCUUCACCCUCUUCAUGGUGGUCACCAGUCUGGUCUGCAUCCUUCUUUCUAUUUUUGAAAUCCUCUACUUGGUUGGGAAACGCUGCUGUGAAUGUUUCACCAUGGUCCAUCACUCUCGCCACGUCAUGACCCACACGCUGUCCAGCGGAGGCCACUUGAUGGAGGCCAACAGUCUAAAGCUGAACAGCAAAAUCAUCCCUAAAACACCGGCUCCUUCAUACAGAGUCACCGUAUCUUGAGAUACUGAGAAUAAAAGGGAACAGACCAAAAACGGAAAUGGGAAAGGAAAAUGUGCUUCUUCUUACUCUACAAGUACCUCCUUACAAGACUUUUCAGCAGACAUUUGUCUGCUCAGAGACUGAACUACAAUGGAGUUACUUACUGUUUGUCAUAGAAGUAGAAAUUCUGGACUACAAGACAUUCAGUAUGUGUCAUUGAUCAAUGUGCUCACUAUUGUGGGUUUGUGAGUACAGAGCUUUUUUUUUUUUACAGAUGAAAGUCUAUAGUGCUUAAGAAUAAAAAAAAAAAAGCAAGUUUGUGUGAUGCAGAGUCAGAUAUAGCCUCCAUACCAAUUACAUGAGUCAAUCCAUGUGGUGUUGGAGAGUGUGGGUUUACAAAGAUGUGGUUUUCUGUGUAAGAUUUUCCUCUGCUCAGUGCCCAACCUCCAAAUGUUCAGUUCAGACUGCUGCGUCUUCUCCCUUCACUCGCAUGCUCAUAUCUGACUCUUUGUGAAUGCUGUUCUAACAUCCGUUAUGUUAACAUUUGAAAGAUUGUGUUGUUCAUGUAAGUACACUGUUCUGGACCAUUUUUAACUGCUCCCUGUAUACAUGCAGAAGAGAGCAACAAAGUCAUGAAGACAGAUGUUAAUGAUAUAAUGGAUGUGCAUAUUUAACUGUUGAGGUGCAGUAGAGCUGCAAUUGCUGUUGUUGAUAUUAUUAUGUUGAUAUGUUAUUUUUCAUUAAAGAUAAUGCUUUUCAUGUA